AUAAGGGAGAAAGGAGAAACAACUGGUCACUUCUCUUUCAUUACGCUGCGGAGAACAAAGAACAACAACAGCAUCAAACGUUUGAAGACCCACCACAGCAAGAAAAUAUGUCAAGACCUCCCAUUUUGAUUAAAGAUUUGGUAAAGGGUAGUCAAGUCUGGAAAAUGCACAUUAGGGUGGUUGAUGUGUGGGUUGUUAUUGAGAAAAAUGGGAACAAACACCUUGAAGCAGUCAUUCAGGAUGUAAAGGGUGACAAGAUUCAUGUCACCACUCGGGGGAGAGACUUCCAAGAUUGGAUUGAAGUAGUCAAGGAGCAUGAGACGUAUUUCCUUUACAAUGGAGAGCCAGUUGACAACGAUGGCCCUUUCAAAGUGUGUGCUAACCCACUGAAACUCAUAUUCAAUGGAGGUACUACCAUGUCUCAGGUGUCGAUACCGGAGAUACCAAGUCACAGCUACACUUUUCACCCUAUUGGGAGCUUUCUCAAAGCUGACUUCAAGCAUGACCAGUUGUAUGAUGUCAUUGGUGUGUUACAAGAUGUUUUAAAAACCCAAGUGGGAGGUGGCGGUAGGAAAUCUUGCGUCAAUGUCACUUUGCGUGAUGUAGAAGGCAAUGUGAUCGAGCUGGUUUUAUGGGAUGAUUACGCCAAACAGUUCAACAACUACACUACCCCUAACAACUUUGCCGGUCCUACUAUAAUUGUUUUGACACAUGCAUGGUGCAAGCCUAACACAGUUUCGGGUUUACCGUGUCUUUCCAAUGCAUGGAACGGUUCUAAACUUUACAUCAACUUGGAACAUCCACAAGUCGAUGAGUUCAAAGCUAGUUUUGGAACCAACUUACCUGCUGCUUCCCAAUCAUUGACUUGCGAUUCAUCUGUUCAAACUAAUAACAAUUUCUGGACCAAAUUGUCUGAGGUCAAGAGUAUCCGUGCAGUAUCUAAACACGGGAGGGACUGUUUUGCAACAACCAUUGGAACUACAGCUGGUUUUAAUGCCUCCCGUUCUGGAUGGUAUUUUGAAUCCACUGGAAAUACUAAGUGA